GCAAACAACCACAGAAAUUAUUUAAACACGUGUUAACGCUAGAAUUUAUAAAUUAAAACAAAAUUUUAACUGGAAAAUAAAGUGUAGACAAAGUAGAAAUAAAAUAAAGAGGAUGGUAGUAAUGGCCCCCGUUAAAAAAUCUAAACAUAAUUUAUCUUUUCAAAAGAAAGAAGAAAAUCAAAUGGACGUUGAAGAUGUGAAUGAUGAAGAAAAUGGUGAGGAGUGUGAAGAUGAUGAAGUGCCGCAAGAUAUACAAAUUAUAGCUCAAGAAGUACAAAUCGUAAAGACAUUGGCAUGCAAUGAUUUAACUCAAAGGAAUAGACAAAUGAAAAAAUUACGCAAAUGGCUGCAGCUAAGAACAAAGUCGACUUUUUCAUUCACUCAAGAAGAUUUUAUGAGAAUAUGGAAGGGACUCUAUUAUAAUAUGUGGUAUUCCGACAAACCGUUGGUCCAAGAAGAACUCGCAGAACAACUAGGUAAACUUUUGGAAUGUUUUGAGGGUAACUUGCAAUAUAGUGUUGACUUUUUUGGAGCAUUUUUGAAAACGAUGUGCAUAGAAUGGUUUGGUAUCGACCAAUGGCGCAUUGAUAAGUUUUUGAUGUUGGCGAGGCGUAUGUUGCGUUACAUGUUUAAGAUAUUGAAAUCCUCUGAAUGGAGUAUGGAGGCAUUAGAAAUAUUUAAUAAACACGCUACUGAAACAGUACUAUUUGAAAAUGUGUCUGCCAAAGGUUUAACUAUGCACUAUUUGGAUAUAUUCUUCGAGGAGUUGGCUAAAGUUUCCGAGGGCAACAUUUCUGCAGAACAAGUUGGAAUGUUUGUCAAACCAUUUGUUAAGUUUAUGGCAACUCAAAGAGAUUUUAACUUAAUAUCGCACUGUCGGACUAGGAUAUUUUAUCAUUUACUUUACCAAAGUAGUUUGGGUAGAGAAUACAGUGAGAAGUAUAAUGCCUGGAAAGACAUGGGAUUUCCUACCAAACAUAUCGAUGAUUUGGAGAAAGUAGAUGAAUCGGAACAUGAAGACAGUGUUGAAGUAGAAAGUGUUGAAGAAAAUGCUAGCAAUAGACACCUGGAUCCACGUGCUGGUAAUGUGGACGUUUUUAUGCCAGAAUUAACAUUGGAUGCCGAACAUAUCAUAAAGGAAGCUGAACACUUUCUUUAUAAAGAGGAAUGUGCAACAAGGCGUAGAAAGCUACUUAAAAAACUAUUGGACUUGUUCAAAACCUAUCAAAAUGGUCAAUUCCCAUUGGGAAUUAAGACCAUGCCUAGAUUUGAAGGUAAAUCAGAAAAGCCUCUUAUUCAAGAAAAAAUAAGACAAUUAGAUAACUUGGAAAAUGAGUUGUAUGGAGUUGAUAGAAAACUAAAACAAAUGACAAAACGUAAAAGGAGAAAGUUUUUAAAAUCGUUGAAUUUUGAUGAAAUUGAUGAAAGCAAUUAUGAGCAAACUCUGGAAAAAGCUUUGCCAAAGGAUUACCUUAAAGAACGUAGGAAGAGGUCGCAAAAAUCCUUUAUGUCUAACUGGGUAGAGGAGGAACUUAACGAAGAAGAAUUGAAGCCGAAAAAAUCUAAACAGGAAACCUUAGCCAACAACGAAAAUGUAGCAGUUGAAAAAACACACAUUAAAAAGAAUAAAUUAAAAUUUCAAAAUUCAGAAAAUGUAGACCUAGCUGAACCUGUUAAGAAAUCUAAAAAACUAGAUAAGUCUGUAAGUGAAUCAGUGAAUAACGGAGACACACCUGUCAAACUAAGUAAGAAAUCAAAAAAGAAUAAUGCUGAUUUGAGCAAGAACGUGUCUAAUGGAUCCGAAAUUAAAGCUACCAAUAAGCAGAUAAAAGUUUUAAAAAUAUCAGAUCCCCAAGAACAAUCCACACCGAAACUCAAAUCAAAGGAAUCGAAAGUCUUAAAAAUAUCCGAUGCUGAUGUACAGACCACACCAAAGUCCAAAAAAAAACCCACAAACGAAUGGGAUGAGCCCAUGGGCGAAGAUGAAGUAGAAUAUUUUUUGCCAUCUCGUAAAUUACAACUAAAGAAAGCUAAUGCAGAUUUAGUGUUAAAUCCAAUGGCAAAACAACGUUUAAUCGAUCACCCAUCUACACCUGUUAACAGCAAGAAGACCUCUUUUUCGGCGGCCAAUACUCCUAAAACACCCGGUAGCGCCAAACGCGUUAAGAUUGCGUUGAAACACAACACAUCCCAAAAUCCUCUUGAGUAUAUACAACAAAUUAGAAGCUCGCCGAAUAUACCCUAUGAUGCUAAAAAGAAGCCCGGCAAGGGAUUGUUAAAACCCAAUGCAAUGCCCAGUCCUAUUAAUCCUUUUUACAAAAAGAAAAUUGGUUUGAAAUUAUUAAAUGAUACUAUUUGAUAUUGUUGUAGUAAACUUUCUUCUUUUUAUAAAUUUAAGUAAAAAAAAAUGUUAAUCUAAAAUUAUAAGCUUUCUUUAAAAUAAUUAUUUGAAUAAAGUGUGUAGACUUUUUAUUUUUUAAAGGUAUUUUAUUAACAAAAAAAGAUUAUGUUUUCUUAAUAUGUUGUUUGGUUUGUGUUCUUUUUAUGUUUUAAGGCUCUUGUGUACACAUGCAGCUAUGGUCAAUCAUCAAAUUCAAAUACUGGUUUACCUUUAGUAUCCCAAGUAUUUUUACAUUUACGAAAAGCGCACACUAGAUAAAUUGCUAAAAUGAAAGAAUAGAAAUAUGCAUUUGCUUAAGUAAAAUAAAAAAAUAUAUAAUAAAUGAAGUUUGAAUAAUUUUAUAACCAUUUUAUUUUUUAAUAAAAGUAAAAAAUACA